UUGAAACAAUAACAAGCAAAUAUAAAAGAAAAAACAAAGCACAAUGGCUAUGGAAUGGAUAACGGCUAUGGACAAGCGUCCUUGUGAUCGCAAUUUGCGUGAUGUGGAACUAAUAUCCUGUCGCUUGCGUCGCGUCGAGCCGCUUUGCCGGCUGCCCGGCUCGGCCUUGCAGCAGUUGGCCAUGUGCGGUUUCUACGAGGACUUGGAGAAGGGCGUUACACUUUUUCGCGCGGGCGAGCAAGGACGCUUCUGGUAUGCGGUGCUGGGCGGCUCAUUGGAGGUGCGUUAUCAUGCCCAUGCCGAUGCAGAUGGCAAGAGCGCCGUCACUUUGUGUAAUCUGGGCGUUGGUGCCACAUUUGGCGAAUCAAUACUACACGACCUGCCACGAGACAGCACCGUCGUGACGAAGACAACCUGUGAACUGUUGCGCGUCGAACAGCAGGAUUUUCGACUCAUCUGGGAGAAAAACAAGGAGUUAAUGAAUGACAUCAUUACCAAUUGCAAAAUAAAAAAUGGUUUUGGUCCCGGUGUACAAUCCGCUGCUGCUACUUCACCCACAAAACGCCCACUGAGUCCGGAUCAUCCCAAUCCAGCGCUGCCCAUAACUGAAACGCCGAGUCCUGCUAUGAACCGCAUGGGCUGGGCACUGCGAACAUUAUUAGUGGCCGACAACUCCAGCUGUUUGAAGGAUCGCAAAGUUUCGGGCAAAUUGAUACGCAAGUGUGCACCCGGCACGGAGCUGGUUGAUUGGCUGGUUAAUCUAGCGGCCAUUGUGCAUACACGCGCCCAGGCGGCGGGCAUGUGGCAAGCGUUACUGGAGGAGGGCGUACUGACACAUGUCAACAAGGAGCAGCCGUUCAAGGAUAAAUGCUUUCUGUAUCGAUUUCGCUUGGAUGAGGAGGGCGGCGCACCCGCUGUGGGCGUACCAACUACCGAGGAUCUCAAUACGGCUAAUGACCAUAUACGUGAGGCAUUAAGUGCAUUAUUUCAACGUGGACCGGAUGCUACGCUACGCAUGAUAUUGCGCAAACCCUCACACGAACGCACAACAGAGGAACUGGAACUGGUAUUCGAGGAGCUGGUGCAUAUAGCUGCGCUCUCACAUUUAUCCACAAGCAUUAAGCGCGAGCUCUCAUCGAUAAUUGUAUUCGAAGCCCACGCACAAGCGGGCACCAUAUUAUUCAAUCAAGGCGACGAGGGCCGCUCCUGGUAUAUUCUACUCAAAGGCUCGGUGGACGUUGUGAUACACGGCAAGGGCACAGUUGCCACUUUGAAGACUGGCGAUGAUUUCGGCAAAUUAGCUUUGAUAAACGACGCACCCAGAGCUGCCACAAUCGUUUUGAAGGAAAACAAUUGCCAUUUGCUGCGCGUAGAUAAGGAGCACUUCAAUCGCAUAUUGCGCGAUGUGGAGGCCAACACAUUGAGACUGCAGGAGCACGGCAAGGAUGUUUUAGUGCUGGAGCGUGUAGCCAAGCAACGUGGACAGCAUUCCGCAUUCAAAUAUACCGUGAUGUCGGGCACACCAGCCAAAAUGCUGGAGCAUUUGCUAGAGACGCGUUUGGGCGCAACCGUCAGCGGCAUGGAUCCAUUUCUUGAUGAUUUUCUGCUCACUCACAUAGUGUUUAUGCCCGUAGUGCAGCUCGUCGACGAAUUGGCCAACUACUUUCAUUGUGAUGCGCAUGAGGAUGCCCAAACUCCGGAGGAUCGAGAGUAUAUUAUCAACUUUAAGAAGCGUGUCAUACAAUUUAUGCAAAAGUGGGUCAUGGCCGUGCGACAUGCAGCGUUCGAGGAGCCCAGCGUUUGUGAUUUCAUAGAGGAUCUUGCAGCCGAAGUGGAAGCGGAUCCCGAUCUGAAUGAGGAGACAAGCAUUGUGCAUAAUGUGCUAACACAAAUGGCACGUUAUCAGGACGAUCGCAAUCAGAAUGCAGGACAAAAGUGGAAACUGCCUACCAAUGGACAACCCAUUUGUCUGUUCAGUGGCAAUGCUACGCCCUCAAAGACAGUUAUACGACCCGAUGAUGACAUCAUCUUUCGCGUCUACUGCGCCGACCACACCUACUGCACAUUGCGCUUUCCCAUGCACACUACGGCGGAGCUAAUCAAAGCCUGUGCAGCGGACAAGCUGCAAUUGAAUCGCGGCCCCGACGACCUCUGUCUGGUCGAAGUCAAAUCGAAUGGCGAGCGCUCCGUGUUCAAGGAUAAUGACGUUAGCAUACCCACGGGCCUAUCGCUCAACGGCCGACUGUUUGUCUCCGUCAAGGAUCAUCUGGAUGCUCUGACCCAAUUGCCGGAGCAGGAGUGCCCCACUGAGGGUGUGGACAUUGAUUUGGAAAUACUAAGCACCAAGGAGCUGGCCUAUCACAUUACACUCUUCGAAUGGGAUUUGUUUUGGGCCGUGCACGAGUACGAGCUGCUCUACCACACAUUUGGUCGUCAUCACUUCGGCAAGAUAACGGCCAAUUUGGAUGUAUUUCUGCGACGCUUCAAUGAAGUGCAAUACUGGAUUGUCACCGAGCUGGUGUCCACACAAAGUCUGAGCAAGCGUGUGGGCCUGGUGCGCAAAUUCAUCAAGUUGGCUGCUUACUGCAAGGAAUAUCAGAAUUUAAAUGCUUUCUUUGCUGUUGUCAUGGGCUUGUCCAACAACGCGGUAACGCGUCUGCAUCAAACCUGGGAGAAGAUACCAUCGAAGUUUCGCAAAAUCUUUCAAGAGUUCGAGGCGCUCAUCGAUCCCAGUCGCAAUCAUCGCGCGUAUCGCGUUUUCGUGGGCAAGCUACAGCCGCCAUUAAUACCGUUUAUGCCGCUGCUGCUCAAGGACAUGACCUUUGCGCAUGAGGGCAACAAGACCAGCCUGGACGGACUGGUCAACUUUGAGAAAAUGCACAUGAUGGCGCAAACAAUGCGCACCAUACGCUUCUGUCGCUCACGCAGUUUGGGUCUGGAGCCACCUUCGCCCAAGAGCGAGGGCGAGGUACGCGCCUAUAUAAGCAGUUUUCGUGUCAUUGACAAUCAACGCGUGCUAACCGCCAUGUCACAAAAGGUGGAGCCCACGCGUAAAUUAAACUAAACUGUCAACGUGUCGUAUACAUAAUUUAUUUACAUGUGGCUUAAGCGCCUGCAUACUAUAAUAAUUAUAAAAUUAAUACCAUAUAACUGCACAGUUAUGAGCUUAGUUGUUUUUAGGCUACCAACCAGUGCAUUCUAAAUUUAAAAACACACACAGAACAGAACUCUAAUAAGCUAACUUUAUGCAUAUUAGUGCGUAGUCUCAUAGUAUUUAAAUAAGCUUAUGUCUUCUUUACUAUAUAGAAACUAAUUUAAAUCUCAAUUUCUAAAAUGAACUGAAUACUGAAUGCAGCACCAAACUUUUUCACAUACAUUUUUGUGUUGUUGUUUUACAAUCUAUUUGACUCUAGGGGGGGGUGCAGUGCAGCAAUGCAAUGUUGCAAAAAGUUUUGCAACAAAUGGGCGUGUGUGUGAUACUAAACAUUUAGAGAAAGCAGCAAGCAACAAAUUGCACGAAAAUCAACUUUUACUACAACUUUUAGCAACAACAAAAACGAAGCGAAUAUAUAAACAAUUUAUUAUGGCUAUGCAGCACUCCAAAUAAAUAUAUUAUUAACAACAAAUGGAAUCUAUUUUUAUAAGCAUAACAAUUGGCGCGCGCAUAUAAAACCAAUAACUUUACUA